AUGCAUACGUGCUUGGACAAUCAAGGUCGAGUAAUCCUGAUGAUGGAUUGGUUUCGUUUGACGCUUGAUUUGCAGUACUAUUAUUUAGGCUCAACAGUUGGGUUGCGGCUAUCGCAACUAAAUCAUGGUUGUUCCCCCUUCCCCGCCGGCCUGUUUGAACUCAACUCACACAACUGCCAUACCACCCAAAGGAAACCUUGGGGCUGCGAUACUGCCAGGUUGCUCAAGCCUAGACAGAGGAAGUUGAGAUGCAGAAAUCAGGUUCGAACCACGGCUCUUUCGAUCAGUAAAUUCGGGCUCCAACCACUGAGCCAUUAA